AUGUGUACGUGUGGCUCCCAGCCCGGCGAGCCUUCUCCUUCCUCCCCGUCCACCUCCCUGCAGAGAGACGCGACGGGAGACGGAGGUGGGGGAGGAGGAAGAGGGCCAAGAAAAAGGUUUGUUGGAGUCCAGCGAGCAGGUGGCGGGAAACCCUCCACCGAGCUGGUGACGCGGACAGGAGGCGCGGGGAAGAGGCGAGUGGUCACUCAAGUUCCGGGCUCCAUCCUAAACGACGCCGAGCUAAACGCAGCCCUGUCGGUCCUCCCCGAAAACUACAACUUUGAGAUUCACAAGACCGUCUGGCGAGUGAAGCAAGCGGGGGCCAAAUGCGUGGCACUGCAAUUUCCCGAGGGCCUUCUCCUGUUUGCCUGUACCAUUAGUGACAUCAUUGAGCGAUUCACUGGGGCAGAUACAGUCAUUAUGGGCGACGUUACCUACGGCGCCUGCUGUGUGGACGAUUUCACAGCUCGAGCACUGGGAGCCGACUUUAUGGUGCACUACGGGCACAGCUGCCUCGUUCCAAUUGAUGCCACCCUCAUCAAGAUGCUCUACGUCUUUGUCGACGUCCAGAUAGACAACGUCCACGUGAUGGAGACGCUGCGAUUCAACUUCAAACCGCGGAGCACCCUGGCUCUUGUGAGCACUAUACAGUUCGUGCCAGCUCUUCAGAGCAUCCAUCGAGAACUCCAGGCCGACUUCAAAGUUGUGGUACCCCAGUCCCGGCCGUUGUCUCCGGGGGAGAUCCUGGGGUGCACGUCACCCCGGUUACCCCGCGGGGUAGACGCCGUGGUGUAUAUCGGAGACGGCCGGUUUCACCUGGAGUCGAUCAUGAUCUCGAACCCCGACACCCCGGCUUAUCGCUACGACCCUUACUCCAAGGAGUUCACUCGGGAGUACUACGACCACGACGUCAUGCUCAAAUCUCGGAGGGAUGCAAUUCUCGAAGCAAGCAAGGCUCGUCAUUUCGGGAUCAUCCUCGGGUCUCUGGGACGGCAGGGUAGUCCCAAUAUCCUGGCCCACUUACAGAGAGUGAUGGAGCGUCGCGGGCGACGCUACGUCGUCGUUCUACUCUCUGAGAUAUUUCCAGAGAAGCUGAGGCUGUUUGAAGGCGUGGAUGCCUGGAUCCAGGUGGCAUGUCCGCGGCUAUCUAUUGACUGGGGAUCCGCCUUUGACAAGCCACUUUUGACUCCGUUUGAGGCUGCGGUAGCUCUCAGAGAGACAGAGUGGGUGACGGAGGAGGGAGAGGGAAGGGAGGGAGGAGGGAGAGAGGGAGAGGAGGGAGGAGGAGGAGGGGAAGAGAAAGGGGAGGGGACUGGUGGUGUUUAUCCAAUGGACUACUAUGCCAAUGAGAGUCUUGGCCCGUGGACUGUCAACAAUAUCGCUCACAAAAAGACCAAACGAAAACCACUAACAUGA